AUGGCCAGAUCAGAAGAGGCGGAGGCCUUCUUUCACGUCGUGUACACCGCUGUGCAGCAGAUUCCUUACGGAAAGGUCACAACUUACGGACACAUUGCGAAUCUAAUUGGAACUCCCGAACGACCACGCCAAGUCGGCAUUUGCCUCAAGCAUCUUCCACAAGAUGCAGACUCACGUUUCAACCAUGACAACGUUCCAUGGCAGAGGGUUAUCAACGCCAAGGGCAUGAUCUCACCCAGGUCACAACCCUCAGGGGCACGAAAUCAGGCAGCUGCUCUACGAACCGAGGGCGUUAAUGUUACUACUAGCGCACUGGGCGAACUUAUGGUGGACUUCUCCGAAUGUGGAUGGUUCCCAAACGAAUUACCUUCGGAAGCGGACGACGAGGAAUGA